UAUCACUGGAUUAAAACUCGAAAGUUGAUUUUAUUUCAAUGGUGAUUAUGUUGGCUGGAGUUCACUAGCGCUGUUACAGUUCCGCUCCCUCUCUAAUCACUCGGCUCUCUCCACGACCUUUCCUUCCAAUAUAAAGGAAACUCAACCCUCAAGAGACUGCCUUUGCUCUUAUUAAGGUUAUUUUUUGCUUUCUGCAACAAGUCAACAACCGCUGUCUGAGGAUAGUGAAAUGAACAUUAUGGGCUCCAUUAAUGGCAGUUGUUUGCAGGGGCUGAGGUAGGUAAACAACAACUCUUUGACAUAUCCCAAUUAUUGAGUGGCCUUUCGGUUUUUCCUUUUUUAUUUUUUUUUUCCGUUUUUACUUGCACGCCAAUGACUUGGUUUUCAAUUUCAUGUGAAAGCAAGAGAAAAAAUUUGGUUUCUUUUUAGCUGUGAAAUCUCCUACUUAAGCAACCACUUUGAUGACAAAGCUUCUCUUCAAAUUCUUGAUUAAAAUGAGCUGGGUUUCUUGCGUGUGCAAGAAAUAAUGUACUUGGUAUCUGAGUAUUGGGUUUGAUCUCAAAAGUAAAGGAAAAUAUGGGGUUCUUUUGAGAUUGUGUAUGGCUGACAGAACCGUUCAAUCCGAGAAAGUUUGAGAUAAUUGAUGGUGUUUUGGAAUGGUGAUUGACUAAAAUGUCUUGGAUUCAAUCUCAAAUCAUCCACAAAGGUGGUCACUUGUCUCACCAUCCUUACUCUUUGCUUUCAUCCUCCUCUUCUUCAUAUUCUCCUUCAUUGCCAUAUAAUAGCGAUUACCAGAAACAAUCUUCUUCUGGUAACAAAAUAAGCCCAGCUCUCCUUUUUAUCAUAGUUAUUCUAGCUGUUAUAUUUUUCAUUUGUGGUCUUCUCCACUUGCUUGCUAGAUUUCUCAUAAAGCAUAGAUCUUCUUCAGUAUCUGAAUCCGAUAGACACCCUGAAAUGUCCGGGUCUGAUGCUUUCCAAAGACAGUUACAGCAACUCUUCCAUCUUCAUGAUUCUGGCCUAGAUCAAGCUUUUAUUGAUGCACUGCCUGUGUUUCUCUACAAGGAGAUUAUGGGUCUAAAAGAGCCAUUUGAUUGUGCGGUUUGCCUUUCUGAGUUCUCAGAGGAAGACAAGUUGAGAUUGCUCCCCGCAUGUAGUCAUGCUUUCCACAUUGAUUGUAUAGACACAUGGUUAUUAUCUAAUUCAACUUGCCCCCUUUGCAGAAGGACACUCUAUACACCAGGGCUUCCCUUUGAAAAUCCAUACUUUGAUUAUGAAGAACCAAGGGAAGAAGAUGGGUUUUCAAGCACUGCAGGAAGUGGGCUAUCGCUUGGCCAAAAAUCAGCAGAGAAUGAGAGAAUCAAUUCAAAAAGGGUGUUUUCUGUGAGAUUAGGCAAGUUUAAAAGCUCAAACAGCGAAGCAGUAGAGAGGGGAGAGGGAGAGACCAGUAGCAGUAAUUUGGAUGCAAGAAGAUGUUUUUCAAUGGGGUCAUACCAAUAUGUGGUUGCUGAUUUGGAUUUGCAAGUGGCUUUGUGCCCUGGCACAGGUGCUGGUCCUGGUCGUAUAAAGCUUGUGAAAGGAAGAAAUGGACAAAAUGGGAAUUCAUCAACUGAUGGAGAUGUUGAGGGGAAGAAGAUUAACAGAAGUAAUGGUGAAAGCUUUUCUGUUUCCAAGAUAUGGCAAUGGUCUAGGAAAGGUAAAUUCCCAAGUUUAUCAGACACCCACAUGGGUGUUUCUUCUGUAUCUGUUGGCUUGCCAUGGAGUGAUAGAACUCAGGGCACAUGAUACUUUUCCCAAGCUUUCUUUGUAGUUUGCACCGUUCACAUGAUAUCAAUUAAUCCAAUUAUUUCAGGGUUUUUUUUU